AUGACGCAACCGCGAGGAGGUUCAACCGAGACUAGCCGCAACCGCAAGGGAACUUCGGUCUCAUCGACCGCAUGUCACAUCUCCCAGGAUAGGAGACUCGCCCCCCCCGACCUCUUUGGAGGGGGCGAAAGGAGAGGGGAGCUGGCAUGUGGAGUGUGUGUGCGUGAGCGUGUGGGCGUUCCUAACGAAGGCGACAGAACGGAUCAGCCGGCCACACGUGCUUGUGAGUGCCCGAGCUUGCCACUAGGAUGGCUGGCAAGCGCUGGAGGCAAGUGGAGCUGA